AUGGGCGCCUCAGAAUCCAAGACCGACGGUAUCGACGUCGACGUCGACGUGGCCGACGCGCCGGUCGACAAGACACCGACGCCGACAGGCUCGACGCUGUCGGAGGUCGACGACGCGAAGCCGGCCACGCCGCAGGCCGUCUACCGCACGGCCGACGCGCCAGAGGCCGGUGCCCUCGACAAGUACGGCACCGCCGACGGCGCCGAGGAGAAAACGACGCCGCCCGCCGGCAAGACGCCCGCACAAUUCCCGCCGGCCAAGCCCGCGGUCAAGCCGCGGCGCUCGCUUGGCCGCGGCCUCAUGAAGUCCGCGUCUGAUUUACUCGGACUGUCGUCGUCGAAGCGCACACCUCAAAAGUUCGGCUCGCUCGAGAGCGUCCGCGGCCGCACGGGCGCCAACUUCGAGGGCGACGCCGAGUUGGCACGCGACGUGCCGUUAUGCUUCUGCUGCGCGUCGCGCCAGGGCGUCCACGUCCUCGUCAAGGGCACGCACCUCUUCGCCUUCCCGCCGGGCUCGACGAAGGGCGCCGUGCCCAAGUUCGCCGUGCCCCUCGCGGAUCUCGCGGCCGAGGUCGAGUCGGACCCGCACAAGGUCCUCAUUUACAAGAAGAUGCGCGAGGCUGUGUCGAAUCCCAGCGACUCGGGUCCGUGGACCGAAACGCCAUCGAGGCGACGUCGCGUCGAUGGCGGCGUGAAAGUCGACUUGUCCGCACAGGCACGGCGGCGCCGAGUACGUCCUCAAAUUCAGUGACGAGGACCAGGUCGCGCCGUUUUGUAAGGCGGUGCGAGCUCCGUGUCUGCACGCCAUCGACGGUCGGGUUGCGCGCGGAUUCGCCGGCAGCGCCGUCACCGCGGCGCCGCCGCGCAGGUCAAGGCCGGCGCCGAGCUCGCGGCGCUCGACCGCAUCAAGGACAACCUGGGCCACCCGCGGCCGCCGCGGACGGACUCGACGCUCUACGCCGACAAGGUCGGGAAGGAGUUCGCCUCGAAGCAGCCCGAGCACGAGGUCACGGCGGCAGACGCGACCGAGCUAGGGGCACUGGGCGUCGCGCCGGGCGUCGGACCCGUCUACCACUAGGCACAACUUGA